AUGGACCACCAUGAUACCCAGGCAAUUACGACAAUGACUCCAUUCUGGAAUGAAAACACAGCUAGAGUGCCUGGAAUCGCAAUAAGCUCUCUGGCCGUUAACACACCCCCUCUUAACAUAACCGUAACUUCGGAUAAGGAUAAGAAGUCUAUAACAGAUAAACUGCCGUUUCCACAAGCAAAUGGAUUUCAAGCUAUACCACCAAUCACACUUACUGAUACAUUACCUAACCGACAAUCCGUCAUUGAACAAUCUGUUGGUGUGGAGAUAAAAACUGAAUUCUCACAAUUACAAUCUUUUCCAAGUAGUACUUUGGGCGAAUACAAUUACAACAUGUAUGCUUUUGAUUAUGGAUUACCACAAACUAUCCCUUCCUAUCCACAGUAUGCUAUUACAGCCUCUUCAUCAUACAUUGCUCCUUACAGCGUAACAGGCUGGAAUGAUCGACCAGUCAAUAACUUCAGUUAUCCCAACCCUGCUUAUACCAAUAUCGACCCUCCCUAUUACAUCUCCCAGGAAUGCUUAGUAUGUGGCAAAUCUCCAACUUCAGAUGGAAGUAUGUGUGCCGAAUGCAUUCAAAACCAGAACAACUCCAACCCUUAUGGUAAUACACCCAGCCAUAACGGAUUAGACAUUACUAACGAAAUUGCAACAUAUCAACCUUCCUUAGACGCUACAUUAACGUCAACUGUUGUAGUGGCAGAUUCUAGCACUGCUCAACGGUCUAUCCAAACCGGCAAAAGAAUAGCGAACAUGAAGAAAGCAACAGCGCCACCUGCUCAGCGUAGACAAGGAUUGGUAUGUUCAAACUGUCAUGGAACAAAUACCACAUUAUGGCGUCGGAAUGGAGAUGGAGAUCCAGUGUGCAAUGCAUGCGGUCUCUAUUUUAAGUUACAUGGUGUUCAAAGGCCGAUAACAAUGAAGAAAGAAGGCCAAUUACAAACAAGAAAGAGGAAACCAAAAAACAGUGAAACAGCUAAGAAACGGAAUAGCAACUCGAAUUCAGGAAAUGAACGAUUGACUCCCUAUUCGAGUACGAAUGAACGAAGUAGUUAUAGUACAGAAUAUAGUAUAACUCCCAGCACUUUGUAUGGAAGUGACUCCAGUAGUUAUUCAAGUGUUACCAGAGUGAAUUCAAAUGGCAAUUGGGCCAAUGGUAUUCUCAUGAGCAAUCCAGGAACAUCAGCGUUUUCAGCUCCUCAGUAUUCGUAUGUUAAGAAAGAACCUCAGAUGGAUGAGGAUGAAACAAGAAAUGCAGCAUUGGGCUUAGAAGAUACUUCACGCGAUGAUCAAUCAGAAGCUUCAUAA